AUGUCUCAGGCAAUGAUGUCGCUACCUCCAGUGCACUCAAAGUGCCUUGUGCCAAUAUCAAACCUGAUGAGCAAGGAACUCUCUUCAAUUCCGACUUGGGCAAAGGAGAAUCGAAAGCCUGCAUUCAUCGGAGGUGGAGAGAAUAUUCCUUUUACAACCUUUGGACAGCUGAAGUUCCUGUGGGGCAAUGUGCCGGCUUAUGAUAUCUUGGAUUUGGAGCGAAAUGAGGGUGCUACGUUCGAUCAAGACAUCAACCUGUGCUUCGCAGCGUCAGGAGACUUGCGAAAUCUUAUUCAUACCAUGAAAACUAUCCCUUCUUCCUAUACGAGGAUGUCCACUGCUGUACUUAACGACAAAGAGGAUCUCGUCACUGCUCGAAAUGUCAUUCUUCUCCUAAUGAGUGUCAUGGUUGUUUCCGAAGACCUGCCUGAGAUGAUGUUGCAUCUUUGGUACUCCGCUCGAAUACCUGCUAAGUUGGCCAACAUACUCAGGGAAGACAUCACACCGCUAGUCGCGACUGUCGUACAGAAAAUCCAAAGCAGGGAUGAGACUACUGUACAAGCAAAGACAUGGCUGAAAGGUACCGUUUCACUACGUGUAUGCCUCCUGAAACAUCAAUGGGAGUUCAUACUCAAGACUCUUACCACCGAAUUGACCCUGGUCGGAAGUGAAAGCAAUCGAAAAGCGGUUGUCCUGCAUGACACUCGCAUAGACUACCGAGAACGCCACGAUCUGAAUCUUUCUCCGCCAUUGCGCUCUUGCGCACACAAAUUGCGGGUCACCGGUGUUUUACUACCAUUUGGAAGCUGUGAUCAGCGUUUCAAUAUGCCAAAUCCGACAUUAUUCGAUGCCAAUACCGGCGAGUGGUUGCAGAAGGACUCAGCCGCUGCUCUCGACGGGUAUCACCUCCGCUCCAUCAUCGACUUCGGGCAGAAAGAAGUGCCUAAAAGCGACAUUAAUGGCUGUCUGUACCUAUAUUCGAUCUCGGCCCUGUGCCAAUUUCUUUCGAGGAUACGGAAAACACCUAUGCGAUUCAUCAUUCUCGGUACAAACGCUCUAUUACUGGCUGCACAGCUCGUUGGCCACGACACUAUCAAGGAAGGCUUCGACAGAAUCGAGGUGGCUAACAUUGCUGAUUCCAAUUACGUGGGAUUACAACCUGUACUAUCUACGCUCGGCCCACUUCUCAAAAGGCCAGUCGACAACCCUCAAGCAACGCUCAUCACACUUUUCAUGAAUGCUACUCACCUGGCCGAGUGGGAUCUUGGCGAUACUUACAAGCUAAGCACCCUUGAAAAGACUCUUAGCCGAGUGAAAAGGUUUCUCCCGUACAAGCCUUCGUCGAAUGAAUACGAUCCCGGAGUGAUCCGCUUUAAAUCUGCAGAAGGCAUGUUCAAGGAUAGAGACAUGCUGUUCAAUCAUUGGAUGAAGGCAACAAACGUAGAAAAGAUAGUGGCUCAGACGAUUAUGAAAAUGAGAAAUGGCAACAAGGUCACAAAGAAAUGGCUAUACAAGGCCCCCGGACUCAAGAGGAGUUUGACCUCAUGCUUUACUCGGGCACUGAUGGUGAUGUGA